AAAACUUGACUUGUAAUUGAACGUGAACAAAUUCUUCUCCGGUCAAUUUCUUUACGGUGAGGGAAAGAGUCGGAAACUAUCAGCGCGGCAGCUCCUCUACCUGCUGCGCCGUUUAACCCUCCAACAAGUCUCGUCGGUCCUCCCUGUUCCCCGAAGGCCGAACACCCCAAAUUCAGAAAAAGGACCUGCAAUCGACUAAAUUGGGAUCCAAAAUUCGAUUUCAAAAUGGCCAAUAAGAAGCCUAUUCCUCUUAAUUCCUCUUCUGCUUUUGUGGUAUUCAUAAUUUGCGCUCUAUUUUUAUCUUCUACAGUCCUCGCCAAGUCUCGUCGCCCUAUCUCUGAAGCGGAGGUCCGGCAGAAGAAGAACGAGUGCUAUGCUGAUGUUGAGAGCGGAUUGUGGGGUUGGCAAUGCAAGUCUUCAAUGGUAGCCAAGGAGAAUUGUGCGUUGCGAUGCCUUUCUGCGCCUUGUUAUGAGCUCAUUUAUGCAAGCGAUCCGCUUGAGGAAGGAGAGAAGGAUCUUCUUAGGAGCCAAGAGUUCAAGUACUGCAUGCACAAGCUAUCAAUGGGAGAGAGCCUUGAGGGCAUCAAGGGUUCCUUCGACUAUUAAAGUACGGUCUAAAUCAAGGCUCAGUUCAUGUUUACAAAGCCAUGGCAUACGGCUGACCAUCUACGUGCGCAUUCUGGAAGAAUAGUACUGUGACGGUUGGGUAUUGUCUGUGUUAAAGAAAAUAACUAAAAAAGUAAAAGCACCCAGAAAUUUGUAUGGAAUUUGCCAAAUAGUUUUCAAAAUUGAGGUUUACGUUUGUGUUUUAAAGGCACCGGCUCACCUCCCCAGACAAGUGUGUUAACCGGUAUGUCAGCUUCUUUGCUUAAACAAUUGUUUUCUUCUGUUUCUUGGUUUUGGAAUUGAGAGAUAGCGAGUGUCCUUGGCUUUCUAUAUGAGCAGCAAUUACAGAAAACAACAGAAAAUGUCCAUGAUUAUAUUUGUUAUAGUAGCGGUGAUUUUUUAAUAGUUGUUAUACCAA